AUGUCUUCCCCACUUUCCGCCGAAGAUGAAGACAUCUUCGAGCGUCUUCAACAGCGUGCCGACCCGAAAGUGCUCGAGGAGCAACAGCAGGCCGUGAAUGAGCGAAUACAUGCGAUCUACCAGAAGGCGCAGACCCGUCUUGGGGAAUUGAUCGACCAAAAUUCCACCCUGCCAUGUGUCAUUUCGUCUGUUCAAAUACUCAACGCACACCACACGCGCAGGGGCUUUCUUGAACGGAUUUUCAACCCUCUCCUAAGUUCUAACCAGAAGUGGCCUUACACACUUUCUGAAGCCUUACGGGAAGUCUCAGCUCGUGCCGAUAAACUAAGUAGAUUCGACAUUUUUCAGCAGCCAGUGUCUGUGUACUUGGAUCAAUCGCCCGGAGACCCACAAACGGGACUCCCAACUCUUGACGUGUUUGUAUCGGUCAAAGAAAAGUCUCGUGUUCUGCUGAAGACCGGGACCGAUCUCGGUAACACGGAGGGAUCCGCGUAUGGCAAUCUUCUCUGGCGGAACGUGUUCGGCGGUGCCGAAAACCUAAAUUUGAACGCUUCACUGGGUACUAGGACAAGGUCUGCCUACCAAGCGACAUUUGAAACACCCAUUCUAAGUGACCCGGAUUUCCGUUUGGAAAUUGGCGGAAUCGCUAGCUCUACGCAAAAGGCUUGGGCUAGUCACGAGGAGGCCUUGAAAGGUUGGUGGAGCAAGCUCCGGUGGAUGAGUCAGUCCGGCCAUCGCCAUGAAGUCGGAUACAAUGGUCUUUGGCGGCAGAUGACUGGCCUGGCGGAGAAUGCAUCCCCAACAAUCAGAGCAGACGCAGGUGAUAGUGUGAAAAGUAGCAUUUUUCAUUCCUGGUCCAAAGACCGCAGGGACAAUGGGCUUCUUCCAUCUCGUGGCUACUAUGCUAAGGCUUUCAAUGAGCUAGCCGGUUGGGGUCCGCUAAAGGGAGAUGUGUCUUUUUGGAAAUCCGAAAUUGAAGCACAAAAUGCAAUCCCAAUUCCAGUGCCGGGCAUCGAAGGCAACAGUGGUAUCAGCUUUACCACUGGAUUCCGUGCCGGUCUCCUUUAUCCUCUUGGAAUGGAUGCCGACCACAGACCCCAGCUUUCGCGUACGAAUGAUCGCUUCCUUAUUGGGGGCCCCACGGAUGUUCGUGGUUUCCGCCUCUGCGGCCUUGGGCCUCACGAUGGAGCUGAUGCUGUGGGAGGAGACGUAUAUGCUGCAGGAAGUGCAAACUUGCUGCUUCCACUCCCCCGGGUUGGUGCAGAAAAGCCCUUGCGACUCCAGGCGUUUGUAAAUGGUGGUCGUCUGUUGCCUCUGCGAACCGCACAGAAGAGCACACCUACUACAGGCUCAGAAGUGAGGGACGCCAUGAUUUCUACAAUUUCUGAGUUGGGUAAUGGAAUGCCUAGCAUCGCAGCAGGAGUUGGGCUCGUGUACGCUCAUCCAGCUGCUAGGUUCGAGCUGAAUUUCUCUUUACCACUGGUGCUAAGGAAAGGCGAAGAAGGCCGAAAAGGUUUGCAGCUUGGAAUUGGUAUUAAUUUUCUACAACCUCUGCUUGCAUCAUUGGCCACAAUGGCCCAAUACUACCCGCAACAACAGCCCUACGGAUCCCAGGCUUCUGCACAGAACCUCCAGUUUUAUCCUUCUUCCUACGGUUCUGUGUCUGGCCAUACGACUCCCUCUCAAGCUUCCUAUGGUGGCUUUAGUGCAGGUCCUAACCCGGCCGCUCAGGCGUACCCCAUUGGAGGGGUUGGUGGUGGAUAUGGCGGCUUUGGAUCUCCAGCCACUGGCGUUAGUGGAAGGAUGGGCGAACAGGGCGGCCUGAGGACUGGGUGGCUUGCUGCAUUUGGCACAGAGGGAUACGAUGGGGAGCCGCCGUUGUUGGAGGAGCUGGGGGUAAAUUUCGAACAUAUCAGGACUAAGACUUUGACAGUGCUCAAUCCUUUCGCUCGGAUCGACCAGCACCUCAUGGAUGACAGCGAUCUCUAUGGAGCACUGCUUUACAUUGUCCUCUACGGAACAUUCCUCCUCCUUUCUGGUAAAGUCUUUUACGGCUAUAUAUACGGUGUUGCAGUUUUCGGCACCGUUGCUCUACAUCUGAUUCUUAGUCUUAUGUCUCCGGCUCUCGAUACCUCCCCAGCGUCCAGUUCUGCAGACCCGGCCAACUACGAUCCCCACCACAAACCUUCGUAUUCCGAGGCAUCGGCGGCCGGUCAUUUCUCGGCCACAUUGACAUUCCCUCGCUCUGCUAGUGUUCUGGGCUACUGUUUCCUACCGCUUGUGCUCACUAACCUUGUUGGGAUAAUGAUCCCUAUGGACACUAUGUUCGGGUACCUGUUGACGACAGCUGCCGUAGGGUGGUGUACAUACAGCUCCUCGGGAAUGUUUUGCGCGGUUGCACGGAUGCGCGGGAUGAGAGGCUUAGUAGCGUAUCCAUUGGCGCUGUUUUACGUCGUCUUCGGGAUCAUGGGAAUCUUCUCUUCACGCGGAAGUGGGACUUUGGCUGCAAAGACGGGUGCGACUUGA